ACAUAUAACACGGCAUCUUCUUGAAAGUUUAGGAUCAAAAGUACACAUUGGCUUGUUAGAAAACCAGCUAACAAGACAGGUAGCCAUUAUCAAGGAAACAACUGUGAGGUCUAAUUCCUUGUGCGGAUUAAAAGACAGCACACGGCCCAGUAGAAGACAAGUGAAGCCCUAAGAGAAGCUAUCCGGCAGUCAGACAACGGCAUUCCAGCUGAGAAGGGGGCCAGUCCUAGCCACGGGUGCAUGCACAAGGCGCUAGUCAGUCAACAUGGAGCAGUCAUUGAUUGUAUUACUGGUUGUGGGACUUCUCUACUUGCCAAACACAGCUUUAUCUGUGGACUGGAGUUAUUCAGGCGAAAAGGGAUACCACAAAUGGCCGGAGCACUUCAAACACUGCCGUGGCCGGCAGCAGUCACCAAUCAACGUGGACACGGAUCACGCACAGUUUGAUUCCUCCUUAUCGGCAGUCCACUUACAAAUGCCGCAUGACGCUGUGGGAAGGAUGAUCCUCAUACAUAAUGGUCACACACUGCAAGUAAACACAAUUGGUGAUUAUUAUGUACUGGGGGGAGGGUUGCCCAGUAACUACAGGAUUGCCCAGUUCCAUCUCCACUGGGGAAAAAACAACCACAAAGGCUCUGAACAUCAGAUUGAUGGUCAUUCAUAUCCUAUGGAGCUCCAUGUUGUUGCCUAUGAUUACAUGAACUACUCAUCUAUUGGAGAAGCUAUGAAGAGCCCCAUGGGGCUGGCUGUGCUGGGAACAUUAUACACAAUUUCAGAUGAUGAUAACCCAGUACUGGAGCCCAUCUUAAAAGCUGUACAAGAUGUCAAAGAUCCAGAUGAGAAAGACACCACAUCCAUAGAAGUUCUCCACCUCACGGACCUUCUCCCCAGCUCCACAAGCAGAUACUACAGAUAUAAUGGCUCUCUGACAACUCCCGGAUGCUAUGAGAGUGUCGUGUGGACAGUUUUUGAAGAGAAACAAUACAUUUCUAAACGUCAGCUGAGGCUGUUGCGGGGAAUUCUAAGGAGUGCUGAUUCACACAGUCAUCACAAAGACACACAUAUGGAGAGGGAAACAGUGGUGGAUAACUUCAGACCAGUUCAGCCUCUCAAUGGACGCACAGUUUACAGGAGUUUCCCCAAGAAAGGUGAAGUUCCAACAGCUGCUAUGAAGAGUAAACAUGCUGUGUGGAGCUAUAAAGGGGAGACAGGCCCAGACCAGUGGAAGGCUAUCUAUCCUGAUGCCGGAUGUGCUGGCUCUCUCCAAUCUCCCAUCAACAUUGCUGAGCACAAGACCAAGUACGAGCCAUCACUGAGGGACUUUGACCUUCAAAUUCCAUCCAAGGCCACUAAUCCCACUAUGACUGUGUACAACAACGGACAUACCAUUAAGGUAUCUGUAGAUGCCGGCUCUGGGGAUUAUAUGGUAAGGGGUGGGUCACUACCAUCAGAGGCUCAGUAUAAGAUUGCUCAGUUACACUUCCACUGGGGAGGGGAGAACAACAAAGGCUCUGAGCAUCAUGUUAAUGGACAUGCCUACCCCAUAGAGAUGCACAUAGUAACCUGGGACUCUGGUAACUAUGCCUCAAUCAUGGAAGCCAUGAAGGAACCCCAAGGGCUGGCUGUACUUGGAGUCUUAUUUGAGAUUUCCAAUGACGACAACGCUGCCCUUCAGCCAAUCGUGGAUGUGAUGGAGCAGGUAGAAGAUCCGGAGUUGGACAAGAAGAUCAAGAUCCCUGCCUUGCUCCUGGAGGAUCUCCUGCCUGAAGACACCUCACGCUACUUCCGUUACAAUGGUUCCCUCACCACACCAGGCUGUUUUGAAAGUGUUGUGUGGACAGUGUUCAAAGAGACAAAGAAACUCUCACACAAACAACUGAGGCAGUUCCGUGAGAUACUGAAGCACCAAGAUGCCACAGAUGAUGGCCACAAACUCAUUGACGUCCAGCCAUCACUGGACAGCACAAAUGGCAAUGACGAGUUGGUCAAGAUCGGGGAUGUGCUGCGAGAACGGCUGGUGGAUAACUACCGUCCUGUCCAGCCUAUCAAUGACAGAGUUGUUCUGAGAAGCUAUAAGGAUAUAGACACUAAAAGAAAGAGAGGAGGGUCACAUAAACAUAGCUGGAGUUAUGCUGGCCACACAGGUCCCCAUAUGUGGCCUGAUAUGGAGGAGAGGUGCAAUGGAAAACAACAGUCCCCCAUUAACAUUGUCACUUCGCAGACUGAUUUCAAUCCCAAACUGAAGGAUUUCACUUUCUACGACUCGAAGGAAAUGGGCACAAAGAUGACUGUUAAAAACAAUGGACACACAGUGAAAGUGACAAUGAAUAGCGGUGUUCAUUAUGUUUAUGGGGGAGGGCUACCUUCUACCUACCAGACACUCCAAUUACAUUUCCACUGGGGUAGUACUGAACACCAAGGCUCGGAACACACUGUUGAUGGACAAGCUUUCCCACUGGAGCUUCAUGUGGUGAAUUACGAUUCAAAGUACUCGUCUGUCAUGGAAGCUAUUGACAAACCCCAGGGACUGGCCGUAUUAGGGGUGCUGUUUUAUAUGUCUAAAGAAGACAAUGAAGUUCUUGAGCCAAUCCUGGAGACUCUUCCACAUGUCAAAGACCCAGACUCUGAUACUGAACAACCUGUUAAGGCCGUGAGCAUCGAGAGCUUGAUGCCUCAUGAUACCAGCAAGUACUAUAGGUACAACGGAUCCCUGACCACCCCGGGCUGUUACGAGAGUGUAGUCUGGACAGUGUUUGACGAGAAACUUCCAAUCUCCUAUGAUCAGAUGCAAAAGUUCAGAGAGCUUUUCUUUCCGAGAGAGAAGGAUGAUGACAUCACCGGCCAUACAGACACUGUGGACAAUCCCAGUGACCCUCAUUCAAAUGGUCACAGUAAACCUACAGGUGCUGAUGUGGGAACUGGUGGGGCGGAAGCCAUGCCAGAGGAGAUAACCAACAGUGGUCGAAGCAAUGGCCCCAACAUGGUGGACAACUUCAGGCCAGUGCAGCCUCUCCAUGGCCGCAGGGUUUGGCGAAGCUUCAGGUUAUCGGGAGAAAAGAAGAGAAAGCACCAUUGGGGAUAUGAAGGAGCUGGGGGACCACAGAUAUGGGCGGAAAUGUAUCCUGACAAAGAGUGUGAUGGGCAACACCAGUCGCCUAUCAACAUCCACCGAAAUCAGACAAGAUUUGAUGCAAACCUCAGAGAUGUAAACAUUUGGUUUGACCCUCCCCUGCCUGGCAGUAAGAUGACUGUAAAGAACAAUGGGCACACAGUUCAAGUGAAUGUGAAAGGGAAGUACUUCAUCACCGGCGCUGGUCUUACCAAAGUCUACAAGACAGUCCAAUUUCACUUUCACUGGGGAGGACCAGGUUCCGAUAAAUUGGGUUCUGAGCACACUGUUGACAGUGAGGCUUAUCCUCUUGAGCUACAUAUUGUGAACUAUGACUCUGAGACAUAUGCAUCUAUCACAGAAGCAAUGACACAGCCUCUCGGCUUGGCUGUGUUUGGGGUAUUUUAUGAGCUUGCUCCUGAUGACAAUCCUGUUCUACAGACUAUUAUAGAUGCUUUGGAACAUGUUGAGGAUCCAAAUGAUGACAAAGAGGUUCAGCUAAAGCCCUUAUCCGUGAAGUAUUUCCUACCUAAGGACAAAAGUCGUUACUACAGGUAUAAUGGUUCCCUCACCACACCUGGCUGUCAUGAGAGUGUCAUCUGGACUCUGUUUGAACAACCCCAAACAAUAUCAAAGAAACAGUUGAAGAAAUUUUGGAAUAUGUUUCAAAUGGAUCACUCUGAAUCUCUAUCUGGUAUAAGCUAUGACAGUGGUCAUGACAAGAGGAAGAAAGAGCAUCAUGGAGGGGCAGGGACAUCAGAGGGAGUUGUAGUAGGUCACCCAGGGUCAGGCUCCCACCACAGAUCCCACAACAAUCCACGAAAACGUAUCAGAACAAAUUUCAGGCCAGUUCAGCCUGUGAACGACCGAGUGGUUUACCGAAGCUUUAAAGAUUUUUCAGGCAUCCCUGAAGUUGCCAGCAGUCGGUUUUGUUCUGGAACAAACAUUGUUGUGUCAUCCUUCAGCUUGAAAACAUUCAUCAUUCUCACCUUCACCAUCAAAUGGUUAUCUCACUUAUGAUUGGUCAUUUUAUUUGGCUGAUCAAAGACAUUUUAGACAGCCUGUACACUGUUUUUUUUAAAACAAUUGAUGAUGGCUACCCAACAACACUAAGAGCAAACAAUACCAAAAUACCUUCAAACUAGCUUGUAUACCACUUGCUGAAUGCUUUGGGGACUUAAGUGGUGUGCCUACAAAGCUCAGAAUGUUCUGUUUCACACAAGUAAUACAAAAAAUACACUGCCACAAAGGUGUUCCGUAAUAAGCUGGGUGGAACUAUGGAUUCUAAAUUAUACCCUGCGCAGUAAUUUAGCUGACGUCAUUUUUUCUUUGUGACACUAAGUUUAUACCCUGCGUAGUAAUUUAGCCGACGUCAUUUUUCUUUGUGAAACUAAGUUUAUACCCUGCACAGUAAUUUAGCUGACGUUAUUUUUCUUUGUGACAUUAAACUUAUACCCUGCGCAGUAAUUUAGCUGACGUUAUUUUUCUUUGUGAAACUAAGUUUGUGCCCUGCACAGUAAUUUAGCUGAUGUUAUUUUUCUUUGUGACACUAAGGUUAUACCCUGCGCAGUAAUUUAGCUGACGUCUUUUUUCUUUGCGGCACUAAGUUUAUACCCUGCGCAGUAAUUUAGCUGACGUCAUUUUUCUUUGUGACACACUAAGUUUAUAUCCUGCGCAGUAAUUUAGCUGUCUUUUAUCUUUGUGGCACUAAGUUUAAGCCCUGCGCAGUAAUUUAGCCGACGUCAUUUUUCUUUUUGACAUUAAACUUAUACCCUGCGCAGUAAUUUAGCUGACCUUAUUUUUUUUUCGUGGCACUAAGUUUAUGCCCUGCACAGUAAUUUAGCUGAUGUUAUUUUUCUUUGUGACAUUAAACUUAUACCCUGCGCAGUAAUUUAGCCGACGUCAUAUUUCAAUAUAACGCUGCAUUCCAUAGCGCAUCAUAGUGACGUCAUGCCACUAAACCAGCGAUGUCAGCAGUCAACACGGCUAGCAUGAUUUUUCUUAGCUCAGCUUUACAUAUACAUGCAUGCAAGACUGGCUUUCUAUUUGAUAAAUACUGUAGGGACAAAAUCGUUAUCCGCUUAUAUAUGGGGAUUUAAACCCUGGGUGUGAAAUUUUAACCUAAAUUUCUUGAAACAUAUAAGCUCAGUGUUUACUUUUUUGAUGCUGAUACAGACCAAGACAAUCAAUGAAAACAGAUCAAUCCAUAUUGAUUCAUAGAUGGAUAUUAAUGCAUUUGUCUAUUAACGGGUUCAACGUACAUGCAUAUGUAAUGAAAAUCAUUAAACUGCCCAUGAAAAUCAUAUUGCCUUCCAAUAUUAAGAUUUAAUUUAUAGAUUACAAAUGAUCUGAAACUACAAGUCCCCAACUUCAAAGCCACCAUGAAAAAUUGGUACAUCACAAUUCAUUUCUUCUUGUUUAACAUUAUGAGACGGAUGUGAAGCUUUCGUAGAGCUUUCAAGAGGUUGAUUGAAAUCUGCUUCAGGAUGUCAGAGCAGAAGUAGAUGUCAGCAGACUUUGUAUGUACACACAGUUAUCACAGAUAAUUAAACUAAAGAAAGAAAGAAGUGAGAUGUUUUGAUAUCUAUGACGAUUCAAAUCAUAAAAUCUACUCAAUUAUCAGGGUGGGAUAUUUUUUCUGUUUAGAAGAGUGGCUUUCUGGUGAAGUGUACUUUUUACAACAUGAGAACUUGCUUUCAGUCUGAUGUGAAUGUUGAUAGCUACAAAGCUUGUGAGAAACAAAUACACAUGUAUAUUCAUAAAAGUGUAAUUGCUGAGACUGCUUCCCUGUCAGUGUUUGGAGUGUUACAAGUGCUACAGCAUGGU